AUGCUACUCCUCCUCCUCAUCGUCCUCCCCGCUGUCUUGGCCACCAGCGAUUUGAAGCUGGGCUACGGCUGCGACAAGGCGUCUUGCGAAUUCUCGAUUGACAUCGCUGAGGCGUUGGCCAGCUACGUGGACCAGAAUGAUUUUAAAACCCGCUUCGACGCCAUUGCUACUGCACUCAACGACAUCGCCGACAAGGAGACGAAGAUUGAUGUUGCUCUCGCGGAUUUCGUUAAGAAUUUCACGUCAACCUACGCGACGGUGCAACCAGUAGCUGAGGCUUUCGCCGCCAAGGUCGAGAGUUUGAAGGACGCCUUUGGCUCAACCGGCGACGAUUCGGACCAGCUCGUUGUUGACGCAGCCCAAGCAGUCGUCGACGCUCGGUGCUUCUACUCGAACAAAGACGAGCCGUGGAAAUGCGUCGCCACCCCAACCACUGCCGCCCCGGCGUAU